AUGUCUGCGUGCGUCCCGACGUCCCCGACGCAUGGCCCGCAGGUAAACAACGGUCCGUCUUUAACUCAGUUUUCUGCUUGUUUUCCGCGGUUUCCCGUUAAAAGUGCUGUGCCCUCGGUAACCGGAGGAACCCACGCAGCGGUGUUAGCCAUGUCGCGGGAGCCUACAGCCUUGGACCUGUCUCUGCUGGAGGGCUCCGAUCUGAAGGAGGCAGAGCUCGUCAAGAACACUCUGUCACAACAGCUCAACUCAGAUAGAGGAGGUGCUAUCCUGUCGUCCUUGGUGGACUUUUACCUGGAGACUUCUUCUUCUCAGUCUGUUUCUCUGCUGUCAACCACCAGGGAGCAGCUGCACAAGGCGCUGCUGGAGAAGCUGAAUGAUGCAUUGAGUAAAUCUACUACAAGGUUGGCUGCUUUGACGCUGCUGGGUCACCUGACCAGGAAGCAGCCUCCAUGGGUACACCUGGUCACUCGCUGCCCCCUGCUGGCCUCUCUUCUGCGCUGCCUCAAGACUGAUGGUGACGCAGUGGUCCUUUCCACUGGAGUCCUGGUGCUGGUAACUCUGUUACCCAUGAUCCCUCAGUGUGGGAAGCAGCUAGUUUAUGACUUCUUUGAUGUGUUUGGACGAUUGGCUUCGUGGAGCCUCAGGAAUCCUGCUCAGGUGCCUGUGCUGCAGCUGCUCCAUCUGCAGGGGGCGCUGUACUCUCUGUUCCACAGGCUGUACGGCAUGUUCCCAGUAAACUUCCUGUCCUACCUUCGCCUACACUAUAGCAUGAAGGAGAACACGGACACCUUCCACAGAGUCGUCAAGCCGAUGUUGGAUCACGUCAGAGUCCACCCUGAACUGGUCACAGGAACUCAGGACCAUGAAUUGGACCCAACCAAAUGGAAGCGUUUUGAGGUCCAUGACAUUGUAAUGGAAUGUUCUCGUUUGUCUCUGGAUCCUCUGGAAGCGUCUAGUGAGGACAUGCUUUACUGCUCCUCAUCUUCACUCUCCUCUCUGUCUGUCACUGAGGAGACCAGCCCCAACACACAAACCUACCUGCAGGAGCCUGUAGACCUGACAUGGAGUCCGUCCUCCCACUGUGGCAUGUCCACACCUCCACCUGAGAGACAUCCCUCAACGUCUGGCCUCACCCCCUCAACUUCCGGCCCCGCCACUCCUGGCCUGACCCCUACCACCCCAGGUCUGACCGGCUUCUUCCCCUGCCAGCGGAUCCAACUCACGACCAGGUGA